UCAUUUUUUGGGGCAUCCAAAUAUAUUCCCAAAUUUGAGUCCCCUGAGAAAAAAAACUGCAGCUGCAGCAUCAAAAUAACUCCAUUUCACAUUCACCAAAACCGAAAUCCUGCACAGCACCAACAAGCAGAAAUAGAAAUUUAAGCGUGAAAACAUUUCCGACAUGCUAAACGUGAGACCUGCAGCAUCAGAAGGAAGCUGAGAAGCCUUUUUGUACCAAACUCAGAGCUUCCUCUGAGCCUGGUGUGAGUCUGUAUCUCUAAACGGUUGACCUUACAAAUGAGCACGCUGCAUCAUUGUGAGAAUUGGUGUUUCUGGGCGGUGCAAAGUGGAGUAGAGCACAUCAGAGUGCAGGAUAUCUGAGCACAGCAGAGCACAGAGAGGCAGGCACAUCCGCCGCUGGAGGGAUCAAAUCUGUACCAUCUGACGCUCAAGGAUUUAUGGGUUUAGUCAAAAUUGCUUUUCCCACUGUGGAGAUUAAGCACCGUAGGAUGUUUUCCACUCAGGCCGUGGAAUAGCCCAGUGUAGCUGCUUCUGCUCCUCCUGCUGCUGCUGCUGCUGCUGCUGUUGAUUUUCCUCCCUCUUAUCGUCUCCGGCACUGACGAAAGAAAUGUCUCAGGGUGGCAGAGUGCUCCAAACCCUGGAAGGGAGUAGAUUCUGACUGACAGCAGAGGUCCGUCCUCUGGGGAAUGUGAACCAUGCAGGUGGAUGCUGUACUUGUGCUCUUCUGUGUUUGGCUCGUGGGGGCAGCUGGGAAGAUUGCCCAGUCAAGGGGUCACAAGCUGGAGACCUACAAACAGAGCAGGUUGCGAAGAGAGACCAGAAUGGAUGGCGGUGGAGGUCAGAAAUCCGGAGGCCCAAUUUACAAACGAAGUCCAGACAUGACGAAAUCUCCGAUGACAAAAUCUGAGCAGCUCCUGAGAAUAGAAGACCACGAUUUUACGAUGAGGCCAGCGUUCGGAGGUCCUCCGAUUCCUGUUGGAGUAGAUGUUCAGGUUGAAAGUCUGGACACUAUCUCAGAGGUGGAUAUGGACUUCACCAUGACGUUGUACCUGCGUCACUACUGGAAGGACGAGCGGCUGUCGUUCCCAAGCACCAACAACCAGAGCAUGACCUUUGACAGCCGCCUGGUGAAGAAGAUUUGGGUUCCCGACAUGUUCUUUGUCCACUCCAAGCGCUCCUUUAUCCACGACACCACGACUGAUAAUGUCAUGCUGAGGGUUUAUCCUGAUGGCAACGUCCUCUACAGUCUCAGAGUCACUGUCACUGCCAUGUGCAACAUGGACCUCAGCCGCUUUCCUCUGGACACCCAAACCUGCUCGCUGGAGAUUGAGAGUUAUGCGUACACAGACGACGAUCUGAUGUUGUACUGGAAGAAAGGCAACGAGUCCUUGAACACAGACGACAGAAUAUCUCUGUCCCAGUUCCUCAUCCAGAAAUUUCACACCACCACCAAGCUGGCUUUCUACAGCAGCACAGGCUGGUACAAUCGUUUGUACAUCCACUUCACCCUGCGGCGCCAUAUCUUCUUCUUCCUGCUGCAGACCUACUUCCCAGCUACUCUGAUGGUCAUGCUGUCCUGGGUGUCCUUCUGGAUCGACCGCAGGGCCGUCCCUGCCAGGGUGCCGCUGGGCAUCACGACAGUGUUGACCAUGUCCACCAUCAUUACCGGGGUCAACGCCUCCAUGCCGCGGGUCUCCUACAUCAAGGCAGUGGACAUUUACCUCUGGGUCAGUUUUGUCUUUGUCUUCCUGUCGGUGAUAGAGUAUGCGGCGGUCAACUACCUCUCCACCGUCCAGGAGAGGAAAGAGAGGAAACUGAGGGAGAGACUGCCGUGCACAUGUGGUAUUGGCAACCCCGAUGAGAUGAUGAUCGACCCCCAGAUCACUGGCUACGGGUCUAUGGAUAUCAACACCACGGGGAAUUACGGGAUGCCAGAGAACGGCGGCCGUCAGGAGCGAAUGUUGGCCCAGGUGGCACUGAAUGACCCGCAACUCACAAGCCAGGUUAAGCCAUCUAGAGGCUACGUGAACAUUUGGAUAGACACCCACGCUAUAGACAAGUACUCGCGGGUUGUGUUUCCCGGAGCGUACAUCCUCUUUAACAUCAUCUACUGGUCCAUCUACUCAUAACCCGGGAUGCAGAAGUAGAUCCUCGUCCAUGAGGAGCUUGACUCAUUUGUCAAAGAGCAGAGGAGGCAAAGACGGACAGAGAAGCUGCUCAUAAGAUGCAUGGGGACCAUUGACAGACUGGUGACCAUUGCCUUCUUGACCCAGCCACUUAAAACUGAAAAGUUUAAAAAUGACAAACAGGACAGUCACCGGCGCUGGUUUUUGUCACUUUAUCAGAUCUUUGUGGUUUCAUGUUGUAACUAUAGUGCUGUUGAUGGAAAGACGUUUGGAUGUUGUCGUCGCCUGAGGACUUGCUGCACAGAGAGAGACGCACAAACAUGGACACGUGUGAUUGUGCAGUUUAACUCGGCUACAUGUCAGUUCUCGAUGCAGUGACCACAUUUUAAAAAACUGUCAAUGCGAACCCAAAACAGAGCCAGCGUAUAGACAGAUCCUUCUCCUUUGCUUACGAACUAGACAAUCAAAGACAGAAUAAAAAUAUUUCAAGGAAUAGUUCUGCUUAUUUAGAAAAGAGGAUUGUCACGACUCCAGUAUCUGUUAAAUCUAAUAAUAUAUAUUUUAAUCAGUACAAAAACUGUUUGUCGUUUUUGCUGAGACCAGAAACUUCCUGCUGGUUGCCUGGCAACAGCUCAGAGGCAUGAAAUAGUCCAGGACAGUGAAGUGUUUUAGGCUUCAGUUUUUGUGUGGGUUAAACUAACAAGAAAUAACAUGUUCAUUUGUGAGCUUUAAAGAUUCAAUUUCAUAUUCAUAUUAAUGUUUCAUGACAUGAAAGUGGUAUCAGUGUUCUCAUCCAACUCCUGGUGAGAAAGCGAAAUCACAAAUCGUGGAACUAUUCCUCGAAACC